UGUACAUGGAGACCCCCAGCUGGGCAGAAACUAAACCAGGAAGUGGUCUGUGCAAACCAGGAAACAUCACUCUGAUUGGGAACGUGGUAUACAGUGGGCUGUUCAACGAACACUUCUGGCAUUUUGGGCUUCCCCUUGUCACCAGACUGGGUAACCAAGAGGCCCCAGCUCCCCCUGAAGCAAUGGCUCAACCCUUUCCACCGGCCCAGUACCCUCCCCCACCACAGAAUGGGAUGCCCGCUGAGUAUGCCACACCCCACACUCACCCACCAACUGACUUCACGGGACCAAAUACGAUUGCCGAACACGCCCUGACGCUGUACACGCCGACACACGCACAGAGCGAACAGCCCGUGAAUGACAGCAAUGUUCCUGCACUCACAGCCAACACAGUAACGUUUUGCUUGCUUAAAGAUGGUUUCUCAGGGGAAGCUGUGUGGAGAGAAUGUUCUCCUCACCACAGUUACAAGCAGGUAGAUGACGUUGCACAGACGGAGGGUUCCCAGCAUCUUCACCUGCAGCCAAAUGACUCAUCAGAGAAACAACAGCCCAAAAGAUUACACGUCUCCAACAUACCUUUCCGUUUCCGGGACCCUGACCUCCGGCAAAUGUUUGGGCAAUUUGGCAAAAUUUUAGACGUGGAGAUUAUCUUUAACGAGCGAGGCUCCAAGGUCAAUAACGCCACAGCAAGAGUAAUGACCAACAAAAAAGUGGCAAACCCUUACGCAAACGGCUGGAAGUUGAAUCCAGUGGUUGGAGCAGUGUAUGGUCCUGAAUUUUAUGCAGUAACAGGGUUUCCAUACCCCACCGCAGGAGCAGCAGUGGCCUAUAGAGGGGCCCAUUUGAGAGGGAGGGGCCGGGCUGUCUAUAACACGUUUCGUGCUGCACCACCUCCUCCACCCAUACCAGCCUACGGAGCUGUGGUCUACCAGGAUGGAUUUUAUGGGGCGGAAAUAUAUGGCGGAUAUGCAGCUUACAGAUAUGCCCAGCCAGCUGCUACUGCUGCAGCUGCAUACAGUGACAGUUAUGGCAGAGUCUAUGCAACAGCAGACCCAUAUCACCAUACGAUCGGUCCUGCAGCCACAUAUACCGUGGGCACUAUGUAAAUAAAACUCUAAAGUGAUGGGUACAGAUGGACAUCAAAAACUGAGGAAAAAAAUGUGAAAGCAGAGGGACAUCAUGAAAGACCAACAAAAACAAAGUGUUCCAGAGCCGUCCUAUUGAGAAGGAAAACGACUUGAAGUAAAGGAAGGAUGGACCGGAGAUGAUUGUAGGCCUACUCUGAGGCCACGGCCUGAACCAUUGAGCCUAUGUAGUCUAUUACGGGGCGGGGAGCCAGCUGGCUCUGACCCCUGUAGAAAAAAAAGAAAAAAAAAAAGCCUUGAUGAGGGGAACAGACCAAUUCGACAGGUCGCCAUAAAACAUUUUAUUUUUGUAAAUUUUUUUAUGUUUAUGAUUUACUAAAGG